GACGCGGAGGAGUGGUGGCGUAGUUUCGAGACCAAAGUGAAGGGCACGCUGAACUGCAUGCAGUCCUUCGUCCACCACGACCUCAACCCAGUCGCCGAAGGGGCACAGCCGCCAACCUUCACAAACGUGGCAACAAUUGCGGCACAUAUCCCUCCGGGAUACGGGUCCGCGUACUCUUCGUCAAAGUUGACGACACGGAAGAUAGCCGCGUAUCUGGAUGCUGAGAUGGGGCCCAGGCUGCGCGUGUUCACGAUUCACCCGGGAAAUGUGGCGAUGGCGAUGAGUGAUAAAGCGGGGACGCUGCAGUUGGAUGAUGCUAGAAUGUUAUGUUCUUUCCUUAUCUUUCGCUGAACUGGGUUCAUUUAAGGUUGUAGAAGCUAACGGGGUGAAGCACUGCCGGGAGGCUUUUGUGUCUGGCUAACUGCCACGCCUGAGGCGGAUUUCCUGCGCGGGAGGUUGCUUUCGGUCAAUUGAGAUGUUGAGGAGUUGCUGAGGAGGAAAAGUGAGAUUGUGGAGAAGAAUUUGCUUUCUAUGGAGCUUUCCGGUUGGGGCGCUUGAUUGCAAUUCUUUUAAGUAGUCCUGGCGCUGCUACAGUGCAUCGCUAAAUGUUUUGACAUACU